CCUUUUCUGUGCAGCGACAUUCACAAAAUGUAGCAGAAGCGUUAUGUCAAGAUACAAAUAUAUUUUUAAAGUAACACUAAGGUCAACGUUAUCGCUGCCACGAAUGACGCAACUCUUGACAGUCAUAAGACUCACAGUUAGCUGUGUAAGCAAACAACAUACCAGUAACGACUAAGCUAUCUCUAAACUGUCCACGGGAGCUCCUCAUGGGUUGUACCCAUGUUGCAGGCAAAAGACGCCAGCGGUUUGCAAGCCAACUUAAGGUGCAUUACCGCCACCUGCUGGGCGGGAGUGUGGAACGACAAUAGAAGAAUCGGCUUUAUUGACCAGGGUUGGAAUUUACAUGAGGAGGAAAAAGUGGGGCUGCUCUCAAGCCUGAACUAUUGUCUUCCACCAUCUGGCCAUCACACUCUGCUCCUUCCGAUUGGUGGUUAUCCCCUCUCUCCUUGCCAACAUGCUGUGUUGGGUGGCAGGGGACUUAAGGAGGUCGUCUGUGGGGGGCAACACUCAGUGUUCCUGCUGCAUGAUGGUAGUGUGUACACAUGUGGCUCUAACAGCUGUGGACAGCUGGGCCAUGACAAGUCAGGGAGUUCGCCAGAGCUAGUCGGAGCUCUGGAUACUCAGAAGAUAACAAUGGUGUCAAGCGGUCGGGCCCAUUCUAUGGCAGUGAAUGAACAGGGUCAGGUGUUCGCCUGGGGAGCUGGUGAAGGUGGUCAGUUGGGCCUUGGGACUUCAGAGACAGCUGUUCGAAUCCCAAGGCUGGUCAAAAGGCUGUGUGACCAUCAAAUCUCCCAAGUAAUGUGUGGGAAUCAGCAUUGCAUCGCACUUUCUAGAGAUGGCCAGCUGUUUACGUGGGGCCAGAACACCAGUGGUCAGCUCGGUCUGGGUAAAGGAGAGCCCAGUAAGUUGUUCCCUCAUCCCCUGAACUCUCUGGCAGGAAUUCCUUUGGCACAGGUAACUGCUGGAGGUGACCACAGCUUUGCUCUCUCCUUGUCUGGAGCUGUAUUCGGCUGGGGCAAGAACAGAGCUGGACAACUGGGUCUCAAUGAUAAACAAGAUCGUGCCGUUCCAUGCCACAUCAAAUUUCUGAGGUCUCAAAAAGUUGUUUACAUCAGCUGUGGAGAUGAACAUACAGCAGCACUCACAAAGGACGGCGGCUUGUUUACUUUUGGUGAUGGCUCAUGGGGUCAGCUGGGUCAUGGCUCCACCAAUAAUGAACUUUUACCCAGACGAGUGUUGGAGCUCAUGGGCACUGAGGUGUCCCAAAUCACCUGUGGCAGGCACCACACGUUAGCGUUUGUGCCUUCCUCUGGUAUAGUUUAUGCAUUUGGUUGUAACAGCCAUGGCCAGCUGGGCACAGGGAUACUUGGCGAUGCUGGAAGCCCAUUUCCUGUCAAGACCGGUUUGCUGACUGGAAUUUUUCAUAGUACAGAGUCAAAACAAUAUACAGUGACCAAAAUCAUCUGUGGAGGAGACCAUAGUUUCUUACUGUAUUCUAAUGAACAGAGUUCAGUUCCCCCAGAAGACUUCAGAGUGUUUAACAUCAGCAAAAGCCUCUCCACAAUCAAUAAUGAAAGGCUAAAUUCAUGGAGGUUGAAACUGAUGUACAGUACAGAUUCCACUGUCACUAACAACAUUAUUAUUCAGCUCUCCUCUACGGCUUGUUGGAAUGCCAGCUUCUUGGACCAAAGUGACGAUACCCACUUUAAGACCAACCCAAAGAUCCCAGGCAUCGAUCUCAACUCUGUCAGACUUCUGUUUGAGACGCUCAGCAAACCGGCUUUCUCUGGACUUCUGGAGCAGGCCACCAAGAGUUUUGAGAGUCUGUUGAUCCCUCAACUGCCACGCUCUCCUCCUGAUGUUGAGGCCAUGAGGAUCUACCUCAUCUUGUCAGAGUACCCAGCCCUGCAGGACUCCAAGAACUACAUCCGCCUCACUAUUCCCCUGGCAAUGGCCAUCCUCCGGCUAGACGCCAACCCCAGCAAAGUAUUGGACAACUGGUGGUGUUUUGUGGAUGGAAGCGUGUUCACCAGAAUGGUCGACAUGUACAAGAGCAUCGUUGUGUUUAUGCUAACAGGAGGCAAAACUCUCCUUGUACCGGUGUUCUACGAAAACUAUUUUCUUGCCACACUACGGCUGCUGGAGAAACUCCACAAGGUAAACUUAAAAGCCCAGCAUGUGGAGUACAAUCGUUUUUAUAUCCCAGACAUCACCAGCCUGGUGGACAUUCAGGAAGACUACCUCAAGUGGUUUCUGAGCAAAGCCAAGAUUAAAAUGGGAUCAUUGCCUUCACAGAGUGACUUUCCCUCGGUGAACCUGUGUGCCUACCCGUUCAUACUGAACGCCCAAGCCAAGACAACCAUGCUCCAAACAGAUGCCGAACUGCAAAUGCAGAUGGCAGUUAGUGGUGCAAACCUACACAAUGUAUUUAUGCUGCUCACACUGGAACCCCACCUUGCUAGGAAUCCAUACCUGGUGCUCCAUGUACGCAGGAACCAUUUAGUAAGUGACACGCUACGUGAGCUCACCAUGUAUUCUGACGUGGACCUCAAGAAACCACUCAAGGUGAUCUUUGACGGAGAGGAAGCUGUAGAUGUAGGUGGAGUAACUAAAGAGUUCUUCCUGCUGCUGUUAAAGGAGCUGAUGGAUCCUGUGUAUGGGAUGUUCACUCAUUACAAAGAGUCCAACUUGCUGUGGUUCUCAGACAAAUGUUUUGUGGAGCAGAACUGGUUUCACCUGAUUGGGAUCAUCUGCGGUUUGGCCAUCUAUAACUCCACUGUGGUGGAUCUCCAUUUCCCCCUGGCUCUCUAUAAGAAGCUGCUUGAUGUAAUACCAAUGCUGGAGGACUUCAAGGAGCUCUCACCCACUGUGGCCAGGAGUCUACAAGAACUUCUGGACUAUGAAGGAGGUGAUGUGGAAGAGACAUUUCUUCUCAACUUUUCUAUCACCCGGGAGAACUACGGGAUGACAGAAGUCAAAGAGCUGGUCCCUGGGGGAGAGAGCAUCAGCGUGGACAAAAACAACAGGACGGAGUUUGUGGAGGCUUAUCUGCGCUACGUGUUCACAGACUCGGUGACGGAGCAGUACUCAGCCUUCUCCACUGGUUUCCUGAAGGUGUGCGGGGGGGAGAUCCUUUCGCUGUUCCAGCCGUCCGAGCUGAUGGCCAUGGUGGUCGGCAACAACAACUACAACUGGGAGGAGAUGGAGAAGAAUGCUGUUUACAAAGGGGAAUACACAGCCACUCAUCCAACAGUCAGAUUGUUCUGGGAGGUUUUCCACGAGUUCUCUCUGGAAAAGAAGAAGCAGUUCCUGUUGUUCCUAACCGGCAGUGACCGCAUCCCCAUCCAUGGCAUGGAGAGCCUGCGUAUCAUCAUCCAGUCCACCACAGCUGAUGAGCACUACCUGCCAGUGGCCCACACCUGCUACAACCUGCUAGAUAUGCCCCGCUACCAGACCAAAGAAAUCCUGCGCUGCCGUCUCACUCGGGCUGUGGAGCAGUACGAGGGCUUCAGCCUGGUCUGAGGAGGGGAGGAACUCUGCUCUGCAACAGUUUGAACACACUUGAAUAGCAAUACCCCCCAUGUCGGUGUCAAAAGAGUGUAAAGGGGAAUUUUGAGACAGAGGAAGAGCACUCUCUCUCUCUACCAAGAUUAACUCUCUUGAAUCCGAAAGGUCUGUCUGUGGAAAUGCAAAGUAUUAUUGUUUUUAAUGGCUUAGUGCAAGGACGUUCAGCCUUUUAAAAACAUUAAAUGACAUUUCUAAGGCUGAUCGCUGUAUAUUUGUUGAAAAUGUAUUACACAGUCCUACAAAAACAGAAUAAAUACAUCUGUAUGCCAUUUUGAAAUUCACAGCUGUGGACCCUAAACAUUUUGAAACUUAAAAUCAAAGGUCAGAGAAGGUUUGAGUAUUUGUGUAGUUUUAUUUUUUUGCAAAGCUGUGUGUUUUAUAUUCAACUCCUUAAAUUCAAUUUUUCACCCUCAGAAUUAUGUUGUUACGUCGAGACAAUACAGUAUAUCUGCUUUUUGUUAUAUUUAAUUUAUUAAAUAGUUAUUUUUGACAAAAUAAACAUAUAUAUGUAAAUAUCACUGAAUAUAAUCUUUACCCCUGAUGUUGGGAGGAGUGCUCAGCAAGCUAAUCCUUUUAAAUCUGGACACCAGCGACUGUCCUCUGUCUUUUUUUUAAGGACAGAUGAAAAGUAUCUGGAAGGUAGAAGGCUACAGGAUGAAAAAGUGUCAUACAAUUUACAAACCCUUGAUUCUUUUUAACUGUGGAUCACAGAACAGCUGACUGUCUUGAACCCGCAUUCAACAGUGUUGCCUUCUAUAUGGACAUGAGAAACACUGACAAGUUGACUUUUAGGGAACGUCGUCUGUGUGCAUGUUGUUGAGUGAAAGCCAGAACCUGAUUAUCACUGAACACUUUGACAUUUUGGGAAACAGUAGCUUUCUAGUGGAGAGUUAGAUGAAGAUAGACACUCUCACGUCCAUUUGUUACAUACAAUGCUGCAUUCAGAGGAUGUCUAAGUGGGGAGUGGUCAUGUUUUACUCCGCUGUGGUUAUCUCUGGUGUUAACCUUGUAUUCACACCAGAUAGACAGCCCAAAUUAGCUGCUUAGUACCAGGUGAAACUAGACUCAUAGUAUAUGUCUAUAAUAUUGGCCAAAUUUAUUGUAUUGCUGUUAGCAUGUGUCUGAAAUUCCCGACUCUGAAUUACAAGUCGGAGGCUAACCUGAGUGGGCUUUCCAACUUGGCUGCUCAUUAAAGAUUAAACAAUGUGAAUAAAGGUAUAACUAGCUGUUCAUUAGCUUAUCUUAGCUUAGCAAAGACUGGAAACAGGAAAAUUGCUCUGCUUGUAGCCUUGUAACAAAAUUCGUCUACAUGCCCUAUCACCAGUUAACACUAAUCCAUACAAAAAGUGUCAAAAUAAUAGCUUUAUUCCGGGUUAUAAACCCAACUGUUCUUUGAGGUAUGACCUGUGUUAUACAUUAGUCUGACCUCAUUAAGAAAGCGAUUUCAGAUAGGCCCAUAUUACCACAGCAAGCAUUUUAUUAGCUAUACUUUACUGCAUGCUUUGUCAUAACUUUUACCAAACAUAGCAGUAGAUUUACUGAGGUAUAAAUUUGACAUUUUGUACUUCUCUUUGGAGAUUCAGGCCACAGAAUCUGACUGAUCAUAGAAAAAAAAGUAACACAGUCUAACAUGGCAAUGCAGAGAGCAGCUGGGGGAUAGUAGGGAAGUUACUAUCUGCUUUGCCAAGUUCAUUUUGCUUCAUAGCAACAUGCAAGCAUGAGAGUGGUAUCAGAUUUCCUCAUCUGACUCUCCAGGACAAGCUAAUCCAAAAUGCCCUUUAAAACUAAACAUAUAAACAUUAAAGUUAAUAACUUUUUAAUUUGUUGUUUCUAAGUUGCAGGACAAGACAAUAAGCACACAGUUAACAGUAAUCCAUUAAAUAAACUGUAGGCUAGAGUUGGUUGACAUUCUAUCAAUCAUUACAGAAUUUGCCCUGAUAUUGUAUUUGUUCAUACAGACAAACCUCUUAUCCAAAAUGAUAUUUAAAUAGGCUGUGCAAAUAUGUAAAAUGUUUUUUUUAUAUUUCAAAAAUGAGGGUCGGGUCAAAGUCACUUCAGACAGUAAAAUGACUUUAUGUGUAACAGGACACCUUGACACUUCUAUUUAGCAAUAACAGACUGAAACAGCAGUGAUGCAGUGACAACUCUGGGUCAAACUUAAUCUGAGAUGUCUCCUAGGGCAGUUCAUCUUAUUGCUUAGCUCCACACUGCAUGUACAUGUUCUAUUUGUCCAAUUAAAUCUGAUUUCUCCUGCUAAGUUGAGUCCUAUGCAAAAGUCUGUGCAGCCCUUGACUUUUUUGCACCUUUUAAUGUGCUACACAAAUGUUGGUUAUUGCAUAUUUGUCUGAAAUCUACACAAAGCUUUCAGCCAACUUUUUAAAUAAAAUACAAAGUAAAAGCACAUUUCCUGCACAAUUCAUUGGUAAAUGAAAGGUCAGCUACGUUCCGCAAUUUUGGAGCUUUCAAUUCAGAUAAGUUCUGUAAUA